GUUCCAGAGAGGGAGGGGAAACAAAGCGAGUUGGUAGAACAUGACUACUGUCAUUAUCCCUGUUACUCCUGCAAUACUACAUGUUAUCAUCCUACCCACCAAGCAGUGUAGCCCGGUCCUGUCGUUGCUGAUUGACUGCCUGAAGAGACAAAUAAAGACGUCGAGAGACUCCAGAGCGGGUCCCGCUGCGCCGCGAGAGAACAAACAAGAGACAAACAGUCAGCGGCUACUGUAGAAGGACAAACAGGCAGCAGCUACUGUAGAAGGACAAACAGGCAGCAGCUACUGUAGAAGGACAAACAGGCAGCAGCUACUACAGAAGGAGACGGCAUCGCACAUUAUUUGAGAUCUUAUUCAGACAUGGUGGAUACCCAGCUCCUCGCAUGGCCAAUGGGCAUCAGUCUGACCCCUGUACACCUGGAGGAGCUUGAUGACAGUUCUCACUCUCUGGAUAUGAAACCAUUCACCACCCUGGACUACACUAGCCUGGACUACGAACACGGACCCACCAUCUCCAGCUACAGACCCACCCAGGUCCACCACUACCAAGCAAGCCACAGUCCCAGACCCACCCAGGCCCACCACUACCAAGACAACCACAGCCCCAGACCCACCCAGGCCCACCACUACCAAGCCAGCAACAGUCCCAGACCCACCCAGGCCCACCACUACCAAGCCAGCUACAGCCCCAGUCACCUCAGCCCUAGACCUGGCCAGGGUUACCAGCCCUGCCCCAGCCCUGGCUCCAGCCCUGCCCUGGGACACCACCUUGCAUACAUGGACCACAUGUACAACCACAGCCAGGUUCAGGAGGGACACGGUGAGACCUGUUGUAUAAAACUGGAGCCAGAGUCUCCUCCCCAGCACUCAGACAGCAGUCCUCUCUACUCCAAGCUACAGGACGACACCACCGCUUCCCUACUCAACAUAGAGUGUCGAGUCUGUGGAGACAAAGCUUCUGGCUUCCACUACGGAGUCCAUGCCUGUGAAGGCUGCAAGGGGUUCUUCCGUCGGACCAUCCGGUUGAAGCUGGUUUAUGACCACUGUGACCUGCACUGUCGCAUCCACAAGAAGAGCCGCAACAAGUGUCAGUACUGUCGCUUUCAGAAGUGCCUGGUGGUGGGCAUGUCUCACAAUGCCAUUCGUUUUGGACGGAUGCCCCAGGCUGAGAAGGAGAAGCUCCUAGCUGAGUUCUCUACUGACAUGGACAUCAUGCACCCUGAGGCUGCCGACCUGAGGAGCCUGGCCAAGCUGCUGCUGGAGUCCUAUCUCAAAUACUUCCCCCUCACUAAGGCCAAGGCCAGGGCCAUCCUGUCUGGAAAGACUGGGGAUAACGCGCCGUUUGUAAUCCAUGACAUGAAGUCUCUUCAGGAAGGAGAGAGGUUUAUCAACUGCAGGCAGAUGCCCAUCCAUGUUGUCCAGGAGACCAGGACUGAGGCGGGGACUGAGGCUGGGACUGGAGCUGGCUGUGGUCUAGGUGGAUGUCUGGCAGUGAGUGAUGGUCUGGCUGUAGGUGGAGGUCUAGGUGGAGGUGUUGGUCUGGUCCAAGAGCCCACUGACGAGGUGCAGCUCAGGUUCUUCUACAGCUGUCAGUCGCGCUCCGCCGAGGCCGUCCGAGAGGUCACAGAGUUCGCUAAGAGCAUCCCUGGCUUCGUGGGAUUGGACCUGAACGAUCAGGUGACUCUGCUGAAGUACGGCGUCAUCGAGGUGCUCAUCAUCAUGUGGGCUCCACUCAUGAACAAAGAUGGUACACUGAUCUCCUAUGGACAGAUCUUCAUGACGAGAGAGUUCCUAAAGAGCCUGAGGAAACCCUUCUGUGAUAUGAUGGAACCCAAGUUUGAGUUCUCUGUUAAGUUCAACACCCUGGAGCUGUAUGACAGUGAUAUGGCACUCUUCCUCGCGGUCAUCAUCCUCAGUGGAGAUCGUCCAGGCCUGCUGAAUGUGAAGCCCAUUGAGGAGCUACAGGAAACAGUCCUCCACUCUCUGGAGCUCCAACUGAAACUCAACCACCCAGACUCCCUGCAGCUCUUCGCCAAGGUUCUGCAGAAGAUGACAGACCUGAGGCAGAUAGUAACAGACCAUGUGCACCUAAUCCAGCUACUGAAGAAGACUGAAGUGGACAUGUGUCUCCACCCACUGCUGCAGGAGAUCAUGAGAGACCUCUACUAGUAGGGUCAAUAUGAAAUGGCACCCUAUUCCCUAUAUAGUGCACUACUUUUGCGCACUAUAUGAAAUAGUUUUUCAUCCAAGGUAACGGAAAGACACCGGUUGAAAACCGCAUAUGGAUGUGUUAGUCCUAUUGAUGCCACUGAUGAGGCAUAUUGGGGCGGCAGGUAGCCUAGUGGUUAGAGCAUUGGGCCAGUAACCGAAAGGUUGGUGGAUCGAAUCCCUAAGCUGCCAAAGUAAAAAUCUGUUGUUCUGCCCCUGAACAAGGCAGUUAACCUUCAUUGUAAAUAAAAAUGUGUUCUUAAACUGACUUGCUUAGUUAAAUAAAGGUAAAAUAAUAAAUAUUGGAAUACUAUAUAUUAGGGACUAGUAGUUACCUGGCAGAAUGAGAUGUUAACCUGUCUGACGUUAUAGAUUCUAAAUGGUCCUAUUGGCGCUGUUGGAAAGGAAAAGGAAAAAAUACACUGUGAUUAUUAUGAGCCAUAUACUGCUAAUCACCACCACCAAUUAAUAUAUGCUGUAUGUAGGUGAUAGAUUCUGUUCUUCACAAAUUAAUAUACGUUAUGUAUUUAGGUUCAUUAGAGUUUAUAAACAAGCACAAACAAUCUAUAAUAUCAAGAUGCAACUGUCUUAAAGAUUUAUCCCCAUAGGACCAGAUAGGCUACACUAGAUAACAGGUCCACCUGUCAGAUCUGAUCUCAGUUGACUCACCUGCAACAUAGAGAGUGGUUUCUAUAGUGCUUCUAUGGGGUUUCUAUAGGGUUUCUAUAAGGCUUCUAUGGCGCUUCUACAGGGUUUCUAUGGUGCUUCUACAGGGUUUCUAUAGUGUUUCUAUGGGGUUUAUAUAGGGUUUCUUGUGCUUCUGUAGGGUUUCUAUAGGUUUUCUAGUGCUUCUAUAGGGGUACUAUGGUGCUUCUAUAGGGUUUCUAGUGCUACUAUAGUGCUUCUAUAGGGUUGCUAUGGUGCUUCUAUAGGGUUUCUAUAGGGCUGCUAUGGUGCUUCUAUAGGGUUUCUAUGGUGCUUCUAUAGGGUUUCUAUGGUGCUUCUAUAGGGUUUCUAGUGCUACUAUAGUGCUUCUAUAGGGUUUCUAGUGCUACUAUAGUGCUUCUAUAGGGUUUCUAGUGCUUCUAUGGGGUUUCUAUAGGGUUUCUAUGGUGCUUCUAUAGGGUUUCCAUGGUGCUUCUAUAUGGUUUCUAUAGGGUUUCUAUGAUGCUUCUAUAGGGUUUCUAUGGUGCUUCUAUAGGGUUUCUAUAGGGUUUCUAGUGCUACUAUAGUGCUUCUAUAGGGUUUCUAUGUUGCUUCUAUAGGGUUUCUAGUGCUACUAUAGUGCUUCUAUAGCGUUUAUAUAGGGUUUCUAGUGCUACUAUAGUGCUUCUAUGGGGUUUCUAGUGCUACUAUAGUGCUUCUAUAGGGUUUCUAUGUUGCUUCUAUAGGGUUUCUAGUGCUACUAUAGUGCUUCUAUAGCGUUUAUAUAAGGUUUCUAGUGCUACUAUAGUGCUUCUAUGGGGUUUCUAGUGCUACUAUAGUGCUUCUAUAGGGUUUCUAUGGUGCUUCUAUAGGGAUUCUAGUGCUUCUAUAGGGUUUCUAUAGGGUUUCUAUAACGUUUCUAGUGCUUCUAGAGGGUUUCUAUAGUGCUUCUAGAGGGUUUCUAUAGUGCUUCUAGAGGGUUUCUAUGGUGCUUCUAGAGGGGUUCUAGAGGGUUUCUAUAGUACUUCUAUGGGGUUUCUAUAGUGCUUCUAUAGGGUUUCUAUUGUGUGUCUAUAGGGUUACUAUAGUGUGUGAGCUCAUUAUGUAAGAAAUAUACUAUAUUGUGCUUCAUAUUAUAUUUUGAAUAAUUUGCCAGCUGUGAUUUGUAUGUUCGAUACAAUGAAUGUGUGAAAUAAAAGCCAUAUAAAUAAAUACAUAUUUUUGUACAUGCGUAGAUGGAUAAAUAAAUACAAAAUCUCGGAGUAUAACACCUUAGUUUAAAAUGCUGUACUUGUUGUAUUUCAAAUACAGUAUUUUUUUAGAUUUUUAUGUUGAUGUUAUUUGUAUUAUCAUUUUUAUUUUCCAUGGGCAAAUGGGCUGGUUUUUGCAUUAAAAAAAAACGGUUUGUAGACUCUUGUCAAAAUAUGUAAAUAAAUAUUUUCUAUUUGU